GAGAUCUUUUGCGGUCGGUCUGAUCAUCUGAGUCAGCAUCAAUCUAAUCGGUUCAUUUGGACAGCUUCCGGCUUUCGCACUUGCGAUCUAGCAGCCGCAACCGCAAGGAGAAGAUGGUAAUAAGGUCCUUUCUAUGUAUAAAGUAGAUACGAGGCACAGUCUCGUUACUGCGGAGGUCGGUCGUACCUUCUUGUCGAUUUCUUGUACCCAUUUUCUCUCUGGUGGACCAGAAAAGCUCGCAGUUCCUUUUGUUGGGCAGCUAAGUACAUAAGUACUUACCGAUCCUCUCCUCGAGCAUUUCUUUUACCCCCUGGAUGGUGAUAGCGAAGCCUCGUCGCUGCGUUCUACUUACACAAUUUCGACAUCCGAAAAUCCCUUUGGACAUUUGUAUGUAAGCCAUACCGCAGACACAGAGCCGGAAGAUGAACGCUCUGAUCUGUGGCGUCGGCGAGUACGUGACGGGCUACACGCCGUCGGGUCAGAGUAAAUCCGACAAAUCGCUAGGAGUGGUCGGGCUUGUCCACUUUGACCUGCGUUAUCCUGUGUAAAAGCGUACCCGCCCCAUGUUUGAUGUCACACGAAUCUGCAUGAACCCCAGACCACCCACUUUCGACUUCGCUUCGACACCUUGUCAUGUUGCACGCAGCAUGUGUAUGCCGGUCAAUUUUUGGCGCGUCGUGGGCACCAGCUACGCCCACUCACACACCGUAUCUAAAACUAAACUUCAAUGCACAACCCCCAAAGCGAUGUCCAGAACCAGAUUUGCGUAGCAGGUUAUUUCCUGUCUUGACUAGGGGGUUGGUGGGCUACUUUUACUCAUGAUAUGCACGAGCGUAAACUCAUUGGCGAAAAGAUCGGCCUCUGCGGCACGAACGGUGACAAGUUUGAGCAGAUUCGGGAGCAUUUUGCGAAGAAUAUCAAGUUCGACAACGUGAAAAACCUCAGCUUCGAGCAGUUUCCCAAAAAAGGCGUGGCGCGGGACCCGCAAGCGUACCGGGAAGCGGUGGAAGCGUUUCAGCCGGGGGAUAUCUGCUCCGUGUUCACACCCGAUGACACUCACUUUGAAAUCUGCAAGGCCGCGCUGCAGAGGGGCCUGCACGUGAUGUGCACAAAACCCAUGGUGAAAACGUUGGAGGAGCACUUGGAGCUGGUCGCUCUCGCGGAGGCCAAAAAUCUUUUGCUGCAAAUUGAGGUGCACAAGAGAUUCGACCCGAUGUACAAUGACGCACGGAUUUAUCCUGUUCAGAAUUCAUCAGUCAGUGCCUGUCAUCAAAUGCGUACUAGGAUACGGGUGCAUCAGCAUACUCACUUGUCGUGAUGAAUGUAAAUGUAUUUGACUUGUUUGCAUUUUUACGACUCUGCGCAAUCGCACAGCGAAGGAACAUGCAUGAGGCACAUCACGAUGGCAUGACCCGUGUAUCUUCAAUCGCUGUAAGGCUUUUCAAAUAAGAGCUGACGCAAUUCGUUAUUGAACACCGCAGAUUUUGACUCGCUCAACCCGAAUUUCAUGUGCAUAAAUUGCGCAUUCACAGCGGUGAUCUGGGUCGGUUUAACUUUUUCACGAGCUUUAUCCUGCAGAUGCAUCAUGGUCACAUCAAGGUCAGGGCAAGAACCUUCACCAAUGCUUGCAUGUCACGUUGCUGAGAUAAGAGUCCUGCAUGGCGCACUGUUGCUCGGUGCACAUGUUGCAUAUGGUUGCGUAGUAGAGCACGAGAAAUAUUAGCUAGAAUUUUCGAGUGCACGUGAUCGAUUUUCGCGUCACUGCCUUUGCUUCUGAUAGCAUCCUGACAGCACGACCAUGUUUGCAGUGCAUCUCCCACAUGUCGCAGCCAAAAUUUCAGCUGGAGACCUUCCGCUCGUGGGCCGGCCUCUCAAGCGAUAUUUCCUACUACUUGAAUUCACACCACGUGGACCUUCACGUCUGGAUGAUGCAAGGUCGCGCCCGGUGCGUAUCGGUCCGUGCCCUCGCGUCGACGGGCGUCGCAGAGGAGCUGCUAGGACGUAUUUUGGUUUUAAUAUCUCGUCCCGAAAGCUUUUUUACCGACUUUCACUUUUGUGCCCGUCGUCAUCUUUGUACCUGUUUAGUAACGUCGCAAAAACUACCAUGUGCGUGUGUGCUUGUAUUAGCGCAAAGGCAGGCGAGCAAUGCUCUAAAUCGUGUUUUCGUGCACAAGCCUGUGCUUCUCCUGCGACCACGUGAUGAAGAUUCAUCUGAUUGUGUCUACACUACAGGUCCCUGCGAAGACACGAUUACGCUCAUGGCGGAGUGGGAAAAUAUUAACGUUGAGGAUGUUGCUGCAGCAUCGUCAGCGACGACGCCGCAAGAGAGCGAAAGCGCGGCAGCCCCGUCGCCGAAAACCUUUGGGCACGCGACGUACACGGCCUCGUGGACCGCGGCAAAGUCGGAUGUGCACAGUCAGCAGCGCUUUUUCUGCCUCAUGGAGAAGGGCGAAAUAACGACGGACCAGUGUCACCGGGGGUACACGUUUGCCGGCGAGCAAACGAACGGCUUGCAGUCGCUGAAUCCGCUGUACAUUCGCAACGUGCCCGACUCCCGAAAUUGCUACUGCGGGCAAAGCGGGUACGGCUACGUCAGCUUCCAGAAAUUUGUCGAGGCCGCGAAAGAGAUCAACGAGGGAAAAAGGACUGCCAAAGACUGCGACUGCGACCUGCCGACGGGAAAGACGACGCUGAUGGUGACCGCGAUCCUCGAGGCGGGCAAGCGAAGUCUAGAAAAUGACAAUUGCACCGUGCGACUUCUGUACGAAAACGGCGACAUGGUUUCCGGGCUCAAGGUCGAGAAGCCGGUGGUCUCUUUUAGCCCGAAAGCACGCGGCACAUGA